AUGACAAUAACAACAACAACAUCAUCGUCAUCGUCAACUACAACAACCACAACGACAACAUCGUCAACAACACUAGCGACAGCACCAGCAGCAGCAGCAGAAUCAGGGGCCUCAUCGACAGAAGCGACUACUCCCACUAAACCCAUGAUCGGCUCCGGCCAGAAUCUAUUGACAAGGCAUGUCUCCUCGGUCUUCGCAGCUCUACACAACAACGGUCUCAUCCUGGGCCUGCGGUGUGGGAUUCAGGUCCCCAUCCUGUCUCCUCCGUGCACGUCCAAGGUCCCCUUGAGUUUGCACCCGAGUAAGACGCAGAUGACGGUCCUGCACAUCCCGUGGAUAGACCGGUUUCCCUUCCCGGGCAUGAGGGACAAGGUGAUUCGGCUCAACGGCAUGUUUGACGAGGAGGAGUUCCUGAACGACAUGUUCCAGAUGAGUACUUUCGACAUCCUACCCGAUUCGGUGAGCUGGGAUCCGAAUGCGUGGAUCAUGACCCAGAGUUUUGAGGAGAAAUGGGGGUUUUUGUUCUUGUAG